AGCGCUGUUGUCGCACAUUGAGCCUAGGUCAGGAGAAGUGCUGCAUUGAUCCGUAAGUUACCGUCAGCCAGUCAGCACCUGUCACCACGAUGAAGAGAGCUGUUGUGUUCACUUUUAUCGCCUGCUGGGCUGUCUCAGCACUAUCAUUGGCUGAAGAUGUAAAGAAUUACGGACCUUCUGCAACCGUGAUCCCUGCGGAGGAGUUUGGCACCGGUGUUACCCCCCCAAAGCCUUCCACCCCCACCACAAAGCCUACCACCACCACCACAAAGCCUACCACCACACCACCGCAGGCUACCACCACCACCGCCAAGGCUACCACCACCACCGCCAAGGCUACCACCACCACCACCGCCAAGGCUACCACCACCACCGCCAAGGCUACCACCACCACCAAAGCUACCACCACCACCACCAAGGCUACCACCACCACCAAAGCUACCACCACCACCACCAAGGCUACCACCACCACCAAGCCUACCACCCCAGCUCCUCCCAAACCUACACCCGUCGCCAACAUCACUGUAGGAAACUACAGCGUGACGACAGACAAAAAUGUGACUUGCCUGGUGGCUCAGAUGGCACUAAAGAUCACACUGGAUACACCAAAGGCCAAUGGAACCUUCAUUGUUCAGCCAAAGAUGACGACAGCAAAAGGAGGUUGUCAGGGAACCAAGGCCAACCUUACCCUUGUCUUCAAAGAGGGCCACAUCACCUUCCUGUUCAACAAGAGCGCUGAUAAUACUGUCUACGUUGAUGCCCUGUCUUUCGACAUCUCCUACCCCUUAACCAGUGGAGGCAAAAACCGGUACACUGCCAACAACGUGUCAGUGCAUCUCUUCCCUGCAAAGGUGGGACACUCCUACUCCUGCAAGAAAGAGUCCCUCGACAUGGGGAAUGGACUGUACCUUGAUGUCAAUCAAGACAGGAUGCAGGCCUUCAAUCUGACCAAGGGCAGCGGGUUUGGCACUCCUGAACCCUGUGCUGCGGACCAGCCUCACUACGGCGUCGCCAUUGCAGUUGGAGUGACAUUGCUGGUACUCAUUGUCAUCGUGCUGGUGGUCUACCUGCUGGGCCGCAGGAAGAGGACCAAUGGCUACCAGUCUCUGUGAGGGAGGCCGGGCACACUUUGAUCGGAAUUCACAAUUCAGAGGUCACUCCUAUUAUAAACCAAAGUCUGUGAGGCUGGGCUCUUUCUCAAGGGCUAAAGGGCACCUUCACUAAAUCCUAAUGUGCCAUUUUCUGUACUAUUAUGCCUUGGUUUACCUUAUUUGCUGUUACUAACAGAGCGCUAACUAGAGUUCCCAAGUAUGAGGCUGGAGAGUGCCACUGGAAUGAUUGUAGACCUGGAAAGUGUUUGAUAGUAAUCAUGCAAGUAAAACUAAUUCGAAGAUCAUUACAUUUGCCACUAAUCCCUCCCUUCUGUCUUUAAAUGCUGAAUUAAUAAUUUUAUUUAAAGUAAACUUUAAAAACCUAACAAUCAUUUUGUAAUUUCAUUUUUAAAAGAGAGAACAAGCAAUAAAUGCAUAUGUAAUAAUACAUCUAAAAUAGCUUUUAUAUUAUUAUUCCAGUGGCAUGCUCCAUACAUAUGGGGUUUUCCAAUAUAAGACAACGUUUUUUAGAUUUAACAUGCCAAUCUUUGUAUUUGAGCAUUUUUAUGCCAGAGAAUUACUUUCAGGGUGGACAAUGCUCUGAAAUGCCAUUUCUAUAUUGAGACAAUGAAAACGAUGAUGCUAAUAAUUACUUUCUUUUCAGACUGACAUCUUCCUUAAUACUUAAAGUAAAAACUGACCAAAUGUCUCAGUUCAGAAUCAGUUCAGGUUAUUGUCCCCAUAGACAGUUUAUUACAUUUACAGUACUGUCAUAAUGAUGCAAUUUCAUAUUCAAUUUCUCACACAAGAAUUACAUUCCUUUUAUCAGUCUAAACCAACGUUAUACAAGUAAGACAGAUUUAAUCGUGGAUUCUAUCUAAAUUAUACUCAGCUUGUCUACACAAACACGAUAAAGUACAUUUUAGUUUUUCUUCAUUGUUUUAAGAUUAUGUGGAAAUGUUUUGUUUUUCCUUAGUUUUUAAAGAAUCAAAUAUUAUGUCCUCUGUCUGCUUGGGAUUUAAUUUUUUAAAAGAAGGGAAGUUACCAUAUCCAUAACGUUACAGGUGAUUAUACUGAGUGUGUCUGCAUUAUUAAUGAUCACAAAGGGAAAAUUACAGGAAUGUUAGUCAGGGAUUAUUAAAACUUUGUCAAAAAUAAUUGCACUGAUUGCUGUUCCAACUUGAUUGCCUCUGUCUCUGUCAUACAAUAUGUAGCUGUGUUUUCAUAGAAAUGCACGGAUAGACUGUCCAUGUGGGUCAGUAAGGAGUCUGGUCUGAUCCUGAUAGACCUAGAAUGAGUUAUAUAGACAAAGCAUCUUAGGAGUCCAUCUCUCCUCCCUCGCUAGGUCUACUCUAAUACACUUUACUGCCGAAAAUAUUAAAAAGGAAGGAAGGAAAGUUUGACAUUUUGGGAAGUACGCGUAUUAACUAUUGUAGCUGUUUUCAGUCUUUAUGCUAAGCUAACAGUCUCCUGGCUCUAUCUUCACAUUUAAUGGACUGAUAUCAGUGUGAUAUGGAGCUUCUUGUUUAACUCUGGUCAAGAAAGCAAAUUAGGGUAUUUUGCAUAAUGUUGAACUGGUCCUUUUAAAUAUGCACCUAAGUGGAUCGAGCCCAAAAAAGUUCUGUUAAGAAAACCGACCCGAUGUCCAUUCACUAGCUGCUCUGCAGCUUCUGAUCUUUAUGUUGAACAGAUGAGGCACAUUUGUGAUAUUUGGCUAUAUGUUAGCGAUCCAGUCCAUCCCCGUGGAAACGUCCCUCAGUGACUGUCAGCUUCUGCAGUCGUGGUAGAGUAGAACCGCUGGACCUGCUAAUCACAGCUGCAGUUUCAGAUUGUGUCCAUUAGUUGGUGACACGAGGGACCUCCCUGCAUGUACAGUUAUCCACAGUGUGUGAGCACUUUUACCUGUUGUUGACGUCCUGUGCCAAUAAAGACUGAUAUAUUUCUAA